AUGGAUUUUGAGGAAAUAAGUCACACUGAGAGUGAUUUUGAUGUUGAAAUGAGCUCACUGUCAUCGACUUACGUUCCAACGGAUGGACGAGGAAAACGAACACCCAUGCGUCCAAUGAUUGCCGAAUAUGACCCAAAAAGACAUGAAACAAAAACAGAAUUGUCAGACAUGGUUCUUGUCAAAUACAAAUGUGAGAAAAAUGAUGUACCUACAAUGAUAUCAAAUGGAUCAACGCUACCAUUGGUUGAGAAAGCAAACGAUGAAGAAGCUGCUCUUUAUAACCCAUUUGAGCAUAGGAAAUUAUCGCAUCCAACAUCAGACCUUGACACUCUUAUCCAUUUGUUGAAAGGCAGCCUUGGCUCGGGUAUCCUGGCGAUGCCUUUAGCUUUUAAGAGUGCUGGACUGUAUUUCGGACUUGUAGCAACAUUUUUAAUCGGGUUGGUCUGUACAUACUGCGUCCACAUACUUGUUAAAUGUGCCCACACUCUCUGUCGACGAACACAAACACCAAGUUUAGGAUUUGCCGAGGUCGCUGAGACGGCUUUCCUCGUUGGUCCUGAACCGGUUCAGAAGUACGCCAGACUUGCAAAAGCAACGAUUAAUACAUUUUUAGUAAUCGAUUUACUUGGUUGCUGCUGCGUCUACAUCGUAUUUGUCGGAGAAAACUUGGAACAAGUAAUUGAAAAUUACACUAAAAAAGACUUGGACGUAACAGUUUAUAUGGCAUGUUUACUGCCCAUACUAUUGGCUUUUUCUCUUAUAAGAAAUCUUAAAUGGCUUUCACCAUUUUCCAUGGUUGCAAAUAUACUAAUCGCAUCUGGUAUGGGAAUCACUUUCUACUAUGUCUUCCGUGACACAUCUGAAUUUAAACCAGUACCGGGAUUUUCGAGCUUUUCUCAGCUACCAAUGUUCUUCGGCACAGCCAUCUUCGCUCUUGAAGGAAUCGGUGUUGUUAUGCCUUUGGAAAACAACAUGAAGACACCAACUCACUUUAUUGGAUGCCCUGGAGUUCUCAACAUCGGAAUGUUUUUCGUAGUAUCUUUGUACAGUACUGUUGGAUUUUUCGGUUAUCAUCGGUUCGGCGAUGAAACCAAAGGAUCAAUAACUUUGAAUCUUCCAACAGAAGAACCAUUAGCUCAAGCCGUAAAAGUAAUGAUUGCUGUCGCUAUUUUCCUCACGUAUGGAUUACAAUUCUAUGUACCGAUGGAGAUAAUUUGGAAAAACUUGAAACAUCACUUUGGAGCCCGAAAAUUGUACGCUGAAUAUUUGGUGAGAAUUGGACUUGUUAUCUUCACUGUUGGUAUAGCAAUCGCAGUACCAAAGCUGGGACCAUUCAUUUCACUGGUUGGUGCGAUAUGUCUGUCAACAUUGGGUCUUAUGUUCCCGUCAAUAAUUGAAUUAGUAACAGUGUGGGAAACUGAAGAUGGUCUGGGACCCUUUUACUGGAAACUGUGGAAAAACAUUUUGAUAAUAUGUUUUGGUAUUCUCGGUUUCGUAACUGGUUCAUACGUAAGCUUGCAAGAAAUAUUGUCAUCCGAUGCUAAAUGA